GAUUUUUUUUUUUGUCCCAAACCCCUCCCCCAUCCCCUUCCCUUCCGCGGCCGCGUCCUUCCUCGCCGUCCCCUCCUCCUAGGGUUUGAGCCCACCCCACCACCACCGCGGCGGAUGGCGCCGGAUUCUCCGCCGCAGCCGGUCUUGUCCGGCCGCAAUUUGAGGGCUCGUAUCUUCUCCAUCUCCGCCGACGAGCAAUUCAGUUUGCUAUCCGAAAUGCAGGGGCUCACGGGCGACCGGGCCGGGAUUCUGAUCGAGCAACCAGCGUCUGCCGCCAUUGCGCAACCUGGUGACCUCAUCCUGAGCAUCCUAUAUGAGGGAAGGAUUCACAUGGCAUAUGUAUCCAUGGUGGAUGUUGGUGGGGGGGCUGGGUCGGAGGACGGGGGCAGCAGCAGCAGCACGGAUCCUUCUGAGGACGAGGAUGAUGGGGUUAGCAGCAGCACGGAUUCUAUUGAGGAUGGGGAGCAAGGCAGCACGGAGGCAAGGGAUGAGGAAGGGAAGAAGCAGUCGGUUCAGAGUUCAACAGUUUCUUUUAGUUCCAAUUUGGCAAUGGAGUCUGAGGACAAAGAGUUAAAAGAAAGGAACCGCCAUUUGCACAUUAGAGUAUGGCCACAGUAUUGUGUCCUUGUAUUUUUUGAUGGCGAAUGCUGGAAAGUAACGAAGCAGCAGCCUAUGCAAUGGCUACAAACAGACCAAAUGGAGGAAAUUAAUCAGAGAAUCAUGACUGAAAACGAAAGAGUUGAGCUUGACUGGACUAAGAACCUGGCUUUUGUUGAUUUGUCAAAGCAGAUGUCUGUGCUCGGUUUUGUAGGAUUGUUGGAAUGCUCUGAAGCUGUUGACAAUUUCAUCCGUAGAGAUCUCAGUCCCGAUAUAAUGAACUAUAACAUCAACGACGUGAUAGGUGAUGGUGCGACAUGCACAGUGUAUGGUGUUAGCACUCGGUAUGCAAUAAAGAAGAUGGAAUUAACUGAAGAUUUUGAUGACAAGGAUGCAAUUAUAAACAGAGAGCCAAGGGAGGUUAUUAUACUAUCAAGUUUUAGACACACGGCUGUUGUUAGCUUUUUCCAGGCUUGGGCAGCAAAUGGAAAGUACAUAAGCGGCCUUUCUGGUAGCAGCCAAGACAAUUGGGAUGAUGAAGAUUCAGAACCUAAUGUUGAUUUGGAGGAUGAAAGAGAACGGAUAUAUGUGGCUGUCCAAAUGGAGUACUGUGGCAGGACACUCCUUGAAUUUCUAGAUCCUGAAUAUCAUGAAGUAGAUGUCGAAGAAGCAUGGGUCAUUUUCAGAGAUAUCACCAAAGGGGUCCAACGUAUCCACAGAAGUGGUGUUAUACACAGGGAUUUGAAACCACAAAAUAUAUUCUUCGGAUAUGCUGAUUCGAGAGCAAUAAAAAUUGGGGAUUUUGGUCAUGCAUGUUGGGCAAAACAAUAUGCUAAUGGUGAAGUUGGAACCCCCAACCGGGGAACAACUAUAUAUUGUGCUCCUGAACUAAACGAGGAAACAUGUGUAACUGAAAAAGCUGAUAUUUACAGCCUUGGUAUUAUAUUCGUGGAGCUAUUUCACCAUUUCAAGGGUGGCUAUGAGAGAGUGGAGGUUUUCACGAAAUUGAGAAAUGGUGAAUACCCAAAUUCACCUGAUUGGUAUGGCGAUCUUACGUUGUUGAAGCAGCUGGUUGGGCCUCCUCCUUCGCAGAGACUAUCCACCGAUGAAAUAUUGGAGUACAUUUCCAACCGCACCAACGUGGUGGCUGGUCAAGAGGUGCAGUGAUUCGAGUUCCAAUAUGUCGAUGGGAUGAGCAAACACAGUGUAUGCAGUUUGAGCAAGCACGAUGUCAUGAUUCAGCUUAAGCGAACACGAUGUAAAUUGCUGGUCUAGAGGAACUUAAGGCAGGCAAAAGUAGCUAGAGCUAAUCACAGUUGGAUGUGUUCAACUAGGUUGGGAGCCAUGUAAAUAGAAAGCACAUUCCAAAAGUCUGAUUUUCCAGAACACGAUGUAAUGAUUCACUUUGAUGCAGUUAACUAUGUUUGAUGUCA